AUGUCGUCGGAGAAAAUUGAACUGUACUCGUCUAAAUACUACAUCGCCUGUGCCACUGGCGGGUUCCUGGCUUGUGCUCCCACACACUCGGGUGUCCUGCCCCUGGACCUCGUGAAAUGCAGACUGCAAGUGAAGCCUGGUCUUUACAAGGGAAAUCUGGACGGUAUCAAGUCCAUCAUCAAAACCGAAGGUUUGAGAAAAGUGUUUACGGGUAUUGGGCCAACUUUCAUUGGUUACGGUCUGCAAGGAAGUGGUAAAUACGGAUUUUACGAGGUGUUCAAGAAGAAGUAUAGCGAUUUUUUUGGUGUGUCUAAUGCCUAUGUGUACAUGCUUGCCUCCGCAUCUGCCGAAUUUCUUGCAGACAUUGCUUUGUGCCCCUUUGAGUCCAUGAAGGUGAAAAUCCAGACCACUUUGCCUCCAAAUCCAGUCGUCGGUUUAUACUCAAACCUAUACUCAGGAUUGGUCCCACUGUGGUUCAGACAAAUCCCUUACACCUGUGUAAAGUUCACUUCAUUUGAGAAGAUUGUCGAGUUGAUUUAUGCUAGCUUCCUCACCAAGCCCAAGGAACAGUACUCCAAAAUUCAACAAACAGGUGUCUCUUUCGCAGGAGGAUAUGUCGCUGGUAUUUUCUGCGCUCUGGUUUCCCACCCGGCAGAUGUGAUGGUUUCAUUGAUCAAUAAUGAGUCAGGAAAGGGCGAGCCAAUGAUGUCCGCAGUCGGUAGAAUAUACAAGCGGAUCGGGUUCAGCGGACUAUGGAAUGGUCUGGGUGCAAGAAUUGUGAUGAUAGGUACCUUGACUGGAUUUCAAUGGCUGAUAUAUGAUUCCUUCAAGGUCUCCAUUGGCCUUCCUACCACGGGCCAUUGA